AUGGCGUCGAAUAGUCGAAGCCCUGGCGAGAAUGAUAGCUCCAACCAGAUCCCGCUCCAGGAUCUGUCUCGAUCUGAGAUCAAUGUCCCCGCAGAUGGCCAUAGCAGAGGCCGCGCCAGUAGUGUGGGGGGCGGUGUCUUUUCACGACGAUCAUUAAUGGGGAGAGGGUCACGCAAGCAAUACCAGAGCGUUGCAGAGGAGUCGCCGGUCGACUUGGGAAGUGCAAGCAGGAAUCCAUUCGAAGAUUCACACGCGGACGAAGAGAAUGAUUUAGGUGCCCUCGCACAGGCCAUGUCAUUCGGCAUCACAUUUGACGCGCCGCGGCUAUCAUUAUCGGACCCUUCAGCUAGGCAUGGAUUUAACGAUGGUGCCUCCGACCUCGAUAACGUGCCCUUGGAUAAUUAUCACUCUCACGAACUUGACGAUUACGCGCCCCGAGACGAAGCCGAAAAUGACACUGCACGCUUGACUGAUCCUCGUUUUCUCCAACCGAUUAGUGGCGCCCCUGUAUCCGAAGGCCGGCCAAGCAGUGAUGUUGGCGGCCACUCUAUGUACUCCGGUGAUGGGUCACGUUUGGGUGAUGACCUCCCCCAUGUGGAGGACGGAUUGAGCCGACGUCGCGGCAGUAGCGCUCGGUCUCGGUCUCUAUCCCCAUCGGCCUCUGGUGGGGCGCUGCAGCGGGCCAGUUCGAUGGUGAAAUCUAUGUCACAGCGAGUGGUCAAUUUAAGUAAUGAACCAGAAGUUGUGCAACAGUCAAUUGAGCGGGAAGAGUCCAAUAAAAAUUCAAGGCUGGAAGGGCCCCCAGUCCUCCCUGCAAUGACGGAUUUCGCCCAUGAUACCACCUCUGGACUACCGCCGAGAGAGAAUCGGGCGUCGAACACGAUGUGGAAACACCGAAACAAUCCUUUCCGAGGCAGGUCGCUGGGCAUCCUGGGGCCGAACAACCCCCUUCGACUCUGGCUUUGCGAUAUCCUUGUACAUCCGUACAUGGAACCUUUCAUUCUGGUAUUCAUAGUCAUUCAGACUAUAUUGCUGAUCGUGGAGUCCUCACGAUCAGUAUUCAACCGACCUUUGGCGGUGCGAUGGGGCAACACCCCGUUAGAUUAUGUCUUUUUUGCCAUUUUCGUCAUCUAUACCCUUGAGAUCGGGGCUAAGAUAUUGGUCUCUGGUUUCAUAUUCAACCCGAGGGAGUAUAGCACUUUAAACCGAAAUUUGGGAGUCAGGAAAGCGAUAGCAGAGAAGGGCAAGAACCUCAUUACUCCUCAUCGGCAGACAACCAAGAAAAAAGUUUCGUUCUUACAAGCCGAACCUCAAGCCUCAAUUUUGCGGACGUUCACUGGGAUGAACGCACUGGAUGCUGAAACCUAUGACGACCCUCUUCAGAAACGCCGCGUCCGACUCGCCCACCGUGCAUUCCUUCGUCACUCUUUCAACCGACUGGACUUUGUGGCAGUUGUCGCCUAUUGGGUCUCCUUCUUUCUUUCACUACAGGGCCUGGAAGCAGCCCGUCAGCUUUAUAUCUUUCGCAUGCUGAGUUGUCUUCGAAUUUUGCGUCUCCUUCUCCUCACCAAUGGUACCUCUGUAAUUCUUCGAAGUCUUAAACGGGCUGCGCCUCUUCUUGUGCAUGUUGCAUUUCUCAUUGGGUUCUUCUGGCUUCUGUUCGCCAUUGUCGGCAUACAGAGUUUCAAAUCCAGUCUUCGGAGGACUUGUGUUUGGGUUGAUCCUGAGGGCAAAGCAAAUUUCACCUCGAAUGACCCGUACGGCACAAUUCAAUUUUGUGGCGGGUAUCUCAACAGCACAACAGGCGAGCGUAUGCCUUGGCUAGAGGCCUCUGGUAAUCGUCUCGCCAGUUCUACCGCCAAGGGCUAUAUGUGCCCCAUGGGUUCCCUCUGCGUUGAAGGCACGAAUCCCUACAAUGGAACAUUAAGUUUUGACAACAUCUUUCAGUCACUGGAGGCGGUUUUUGUCAUCAUGAGUUCCAAUACGUUCACUGAUUUGCUUUACUACACCACCGACAGCGAUUAUCUUGCAGCAGCGCUGUUCUUUGCCUUUGGUCUCGUCAUUCUGAGUUUAUGGUUGGUGAACUUGCUCGUUGCAGUCAUCACCCAUUCUUUCCAAGUCAUCCGAGAGGAAAGUAAACGCAGUGCUUUUGCGGUCCAAAAAAUCGACAACGUUGAAAACGAUGAAACCACGACUCGAAAAGUAAGCACGCUAAAACGAUUUUACGACAAAACUGAAUACUUUUGGGUUCUCAUCAUUGUCUAUGAUCUUAUCAUCCAAGCAUUGACAAGUUCGACCAUGGGAGAAGAACGAGCUCGCUUCAUUUCAAAUACAGAGUUGGUGGUCACGCUCAUCUUUCUCCUUGAAAUUCUUGCUCGAUUUGCUUCGGAUUGGCGUGUCUUCCAUCGGAGGCGCCGGAAUUGGUUUGACCUUCUUCUGGUUGUCGUCACUUGCGUCAUUCAGAUACCUCCUAUAAAAAAUUCAGGGCGUCCUUACACCGUUCUCACUCUCUUUCAAAUUCUUCGGGUCUACCGAGUUGUGCUAGCAAUCCCCGUUACCAGGAAGCUCAUCAUGGUUGUCUUCCGAAACACCGUUGGUUUGCUCAACCUGAUAUUCUUUCUUUUCUUGAUGACUUUUCUCGCUUCUAUCUUUGCAACCCAACUCUUUCGCAGCCAGAUUCCUUCCGAGGACCCAACGGGAAGUUCCAUCAGCAUCACGUUCGCCGAUAUCUACAACUCAUUCCUGGGUAUGUACCAGAUCUUGUCAAGCGAAAACUGGACAGACAUUUUGUAUAAUGUCACCGCAUAUACAACUAGCUUCAAUACCGCAUGGAUUUCCGCCUCGUUUGUUAUCUUGUGGUUCAUUGUGGCAAAUUUUAUCAUCUUGAAUAUGUUCAUUGCGGUCAUUCAAGAGAGCUUCGAUGUAUCAGAGGAUGAGAAGCGUCUUCAACAGGUUCGCGCAUUUCUGGAACAGAAGCACAUCGGCCAAGCUACUCAAGGAAACCUUGCACUUUCAAAGAUCCUUCGCCUGGGCCGUGAUUCGGGUCGCUACAAGGACCCACUUGAUCAUGGACCUGCUGCUUUGGAGAUGUUGCUGAAGGAUGCUGUUGUCCAGGCGAUUCCGGAUAGUGCGGCUGCAGAGACUACUGACCCUGGAUUCUUUUCACAGGCCUUGGCCAAGGCAAAUGCUCUCAUCAUGGGCCGGGAACCAAACCCAUUCUACUCCAAGCUCAAGUUUUCACGGGCCUACGAAGAAUUAGAUCCUAGAACCAUGGCCAGAGAAGUGGUGUCAGCGGCUGAGGCGAGGAAACGAGCACAGCGAGAGUAUCUCAUCAAACAUCCAAAGUAUAACAAAUCGCUUUACAUGUUUGGGCCGCACCACCCAAUCCGAAAGCUGUGUCAGCGGAUCGUUGGGCCUGGCCGUGGUAACCAACGGGUUGAAGGCGUGGAUCCAUAUAAGCCAGUGUGGUUUACGUUCUCAGCUAUCAUUUAUGCUGCAAUUGUGGCUAUGGUCGUUCUUGCAUGCAUCACGACUCCAUUGUAUCAGAGGCAAUAUUUCCGAACCGACCGCAACUGGUUUGUUUACACUGAUAUGGGAUUUGCAGUCAUCUUCACCAUUGAGGCAACCAUCAAGGUGAUAGCCGACGGCUUCUUCUGGACACCCAAUGCAUACUUCCGCAGCUCUUGGGGUUUCAUCGAUGGAAUUGUGCUGGUCACUCUGUGGGUCAACGUUGGCAGCUCCCUCUAUAAGGACUUCAGUAUCUCCAGACCUAUCGGUGCUUUCAAAGCAUUGAGGGCUCUGCGUUUGCUGAAUGUCAGUGACAGUGCGAAGGACACUUUCCACUCUGUCAUCAUUUUAGGAGGAAUGAAGAUCAUUGCCGCGGCGGCGGUUUCCUUGAGUUUCUUAAUCCCCUUCGCCAUUUAUGCCGUCAACUUGUUCAAUGGACAGUUGUUGUCCUGCAACGAUGGCGACUUCUCGGGCAACCUGACUUAUUGUGUCAAUGAGUAUUAUAGCUCGCCCUACAAUUGGGAUGUCAUUGGUCCCCGAACCGUGACUAACACCUAUUACGACUUUGACAAUUUUGGGGACUCUCUUUUCAUUCUCUUCCAAAUUGUGUCCCAGGAAGGUUGGAUCGAUGUCCAGGACAGUGUGAUGAGCAUUGUCGGGCCUGGUCUACAGCCGCAGGAUAACGUUGCUCCCGCUAAUGGCUUCUUCUUUGUCGUCUUCAACUUGCUUGGAGCCGUGUUUGUCUUGACGCUGUUUGUAUCUGUCUUCAUGCGCAACUACACAGAACAGACUGGGGUUGCCUUCUUGACUGCUGAACAACGAUCCUGGUUGGAAUUGCGAAAACUUCUUCGGCAGAUUUCGCCGUCCAAACGGUCUCUUAAUGAAAAGAGUGCACAUUGGCAGCAAUGGUGUUACCGAAUCGCAGUCAAGAAACACGGUAGAUGGGCACGUUUCGUGACUUUCACCCUCUGUAUACAUUUGGUUCUUUUGGUGCUGGAGUUCUACCCGGAGCCUGAGAUGUGGGAAUUAGCUCGUUCCAUCUUGUUUUUCAUCUUCAUGUUUGUUUACGUAGCAAAUGUCGUCAUCCGAUUCGUGGGCCUUGGGUGGCACCGCUUCAGUCGAAGUUCAUGGGACCUAUACUCCCUCCUGGUUGUACCUGGUGCAUGGGUCACGACUAUCUUGCAUAUCGCAUAUUCGACACAAGUUGUCCUCGAGUUGAACAAACUGUUCCUUGUCGCGAUUGCUCUACUUCUCAUUCCACGAAACAAUCAGCUGGACCAGCUGUUCAAGACUGCCGCAGCUAGUCUGCCAGUCAUCAGCAAUCUUCUUGCCACCUGGUUCGUGCUAUUUUUAGUGUUCGGUAUCGCCAUGAACCAAGCCUUCGGUCUCACGAAAUUCGGAAGCCAGGGGACCCAUAAUCUCAACUUCCGUGACGUUCCCAAAUCCCUCAUCCUACUCUUUCGAUCCAGCAGUGGAGAGGGAUGGAACGAAGUCAUGGAGGAUUUUGCCACGAUGGAACCCCCUUUCUGUACAUAUAAUUCCGACUUCCUUGAUGAUGACUGCGGCAGUGCCGGCUGGGCUCGGAGUCUGUUUAUUGCAUGGAACAUCAUCAGCAUGUACAUCUUCGUCUCGCUGUUUGUCUCGCUUAUCUUCGAAAGUUUCUCAUACGUCUACCAACGCAGCAGCGGGCUAUAUGCGGUGAGUCGUGAAGAAAUUCGCCGCUUCAAACAUGCCUGGGCGACGUACGAUCCGGAUGGGACCGGUUUCAUCUCUAAAGAGCAGUUCCCCCGGUUACUUGGGGAACUCUCCGGGAUCUUUUCGAUGCGGAUCUAUGACGGAGAAUUCACUGUUGGUGCCAUUCUAGAUCAAUGUCGAACCAACGCGCGGGACUCGGUUAUCUCUUUCCAUUCAUCCCUGCAUACGCGCUCGCAAGAGUCCUUGAAUCCCAUGAUGCAAUCUCGCGGGGAAGAUAUCGUGGACGAGGUCAAUCUGAAAGAACUCAAUCGCAUUCUCAAUCGCAUCCCGGUGAAUACGAUUCGAGAGCGGCGGCAGCGGCUCAAUAUCUUCUACGAAGAAGUUCUAGUGUCGGCAGACCCCGAUCGUGGCAUCUCCUUCCACCAGUGCCUGAUGAUUCUCGCCCAUUAUAACGUCAUCAGCGAUAGCAAGAGUCUACGCCUAGAGGAAUUCCUUCGUCGCCGCGCACGCCUCCAGCGCGUGGAAGAAGCCGUCCGCCGCAACACCGUGAUUGGUUUCUUCGACACUCUCUACUGGUCCCGCCAAUUCCGCCGGGCUAUCGACCGCAAGAAGAAUGCGCGCAUGACCGCCGUUCCUCAAUUCACGGUACCGGAGAUCUAUGUCGAUGACCCAGUGGACGAUUCCGAAGAGCACGAGGAACCCGCCCCCGGCACGAUGACGCCACAGACCCAGCCCGACCUCGAAGGAGCCUUUGCACCAAUGCUCUCACCUUCCUCUACCUUGCAUCGCCGCGCCGAAUCCAGCCCCACGGCUCACCGGCAUGACCUCCCUCGGCUGGACACUACCAUGGCCGGACGAUCAUCGGGUGCUAGCACCCCGACGGACUGGGCCAGUAUCAGUCCGUCGCGCACACCGCGUCAUAUGUAUGGCGAUCGGGCGUCAUUCGACUCUGGUGAACGUCGCGACUCGGCUUCGGGCGCUGACCAUUCCCGACAGAAUAGCGCUAUGAGUGUGCAGGAUGUGAUGAACUCGCUGGAUAACUCCGCCUGGGGCGAAAGUAUUCGGCGAAGCUUCACACAGCGGCGAUCGGGUGAGGGACGAUCAAGCGAGCGCUCCAAUCGGUCUACCCAAUCUACCGAGAAGGGUUCACCCACCUAA